AUGUUACAACCACCUGAAAGAGCCCGUCCAUAUUUGUUGAGUAAUGACAAGAGUGACGAUAGUGACUUUAUCAACGGAGUGUAUGUAGAUACCUACCCCUGUUUUUGGCCAAAGGAAGUUAACCAAGAAAAGAAGUAUGGUCCUAUCGGCGUUAAAUACUGUAGAACUUGGAAAUACCCAGAUAUGGUUGUGCGGGUGUUCAGAGUCCGGAAAAAUUGCGUCACUCUUCCACCAAGAGAUACAAAAGAUGAAAGUCGACCAGUCCGUAUAUUUCAACUGCUCAACUGGCCCAAAUCAAACAAGGUGCCUCCAAACACAAUGUCAUUUGCCUACCUCCUUGGUCUGGUAGAAGAAUGGCAAGCCCAGAUCAACUCAAACAGCCCAGUUGUGGUCAUUUCAAAGGAUGGUUACAGUAGAUGUGGCAUGUACUGUGCCAUCAGUAUAUGUUGUGACCGACUCAAAGACGAUCGUGAGGUGGACAUAAUGAAUGCUGUACGUGUUGUUAAGAAGAACAGGCCACAGUUAGUACCAACAUUGGCUGAAUACAACUACUGUUAUACCUUCAUUGGAUCUCUAUUGGAACAUUUGCAAGAAAUUGGCCCGAAGAUAGUUGUCACAAACCCAGAAGGUAGUAAGGAAACUGAUAACAAUGACCAAGAAGAAGGUGCCAGUGAGGGCCGCCGUUCUUCUCGAAGAACAAGUGAUUCCUCUUCCUUUUUAACUGCUUUGGACAUGGAUACAUCAUUCAAUAUUGGGAACCUCACUCAGUUCCACUCAGCCUUAUCUCCCUUGCACCUCCCGCCUUGUAGUUCUCCGAUGACAAGGAAUGCUGUUCUGUCAGCCACAGACACUUGUAGCCUCUAUGAUCUGGAGAGCUCACAGACUUUUUUAAAAGUUCCGUGGCCUCCACGUGAAAAUAUUAAUGGGAGGCCCCAUAUGUUUGAGGCUAACAAUAACUGUAUUCGAGAAUCGGUGACGCUUCCUUUUCGCAACAAAGCAAGAAAUAUUGCUAAGUCCGCAUGUAACAGUCGAGCAAGCAGAUUUAUUAGAAUACCUUCUGCUGCCAUUCGUAGAAAAGAUGAUGACAUUCGUGAUGAGGAAAUAAGAGGCUGGGAAAUGCAGGAAGUAAUGAAUGGAAUUUGUGGGAAGCCCACUGCAAGGGCAUUUCUCUCAGGUACUCGAAAACCGCUCAGUCAUCGACAAAUUCAUGCUGCCAGACACGAUUUUAUGAACGGUCACUGCUCCUUAGAAGAACAACACCGGAAGAGACAUGAGCAAAUUGAAUGA